UCAAGCCGUCAAGCACAACAACAGCCAUCAAUGAACGAAUGAUUACGUCUUCUUAACACUACACAAGUAUUUAACAUAUCCGAAUCAUGUCUUAAGAAUGUAGAAUUCAGAGUUUUUACUUCUCGUCUUUUAAACAUAAACUUUGUUUUUAUAAUAUAUAUAUAUAAAUUUUAUAUCAGACAUAUUUUAAAAUAAAUUAUUGCAAUGGCAGCUGAAAAAAGCUUAAAAUCUUAUGAAAACUGUUGCCGUACUUGCUUAAAGGAAGAAACAACAUUUGAUAUAUUUAUGGAAACUUUAAAUUCUACUAACUUGGCAGAUAUUUUGAUAUCAUGUACCAGGUUAAAUAUACAAAAAGAAGAUUGUUUGCCAAAAAAAAUGUGUGGCUGCUGUUACAAUUGCCUUUUGAGUUUUUAUCAUUUUCGUGAAAUAGCAGAGAAAGUAGAUACAAAAUUAAGAACAAAUUCAAAAAUUCCAAGUAAUAAUAAUAUUAAUUUCUUUGACAAUAUUGAUGUGAAUAAAUGUAAAACAGUUGAUAUAAAAGAGGAAAAUGACACAGAAGUUGAUUAUUACAUUUUUGAACCAAAAAUUGAAAUGAAUCAUGAAGAAAACCAUAUAUAUGAAAAUAAAAAUGUAGAUUUUCAAUUAGACUCAAAUACAUCACAGAAUGUUAUGAAAUUUAAUGAAAAAGAGAAGUAUAAAUGUACUAAUUGUAAUAAAACAUUUAGAAAGCUAUCGAGACUUCAACAUCACAUUAAGAAACAUAAUAUUCAUGAUAAUUAUGAUUGUAAUAAAACUCACGAGGAUUUAGAAACUAUUUGUCCAUUGAAUGAUAAUGCAAGCAACACUCAAAAUUUAGCUAAAGUUUUUUCAUGUCAAGUUUGUCCUUCGAAGUUUAAAUCUACAAAUUCCCUAUCAGCUCAUAUGAGGAAACAUACAGAGAAAGGUAGAGUGAUAUCUUGUGCACAAUGCGGCAAGAUAUUUAAAAAAAUAAGUCAUUUGAAACGCCAUGAGAUUAUGCACAGUAGAAGUAACUUUCACAAAUGUAAUAUCUGCCCAAGAUCAUUUCACAGCGAAGAAAUUUUGAAGGGUCAUAUGAACAAGCACAAUGGUAUCAAGCCUCAUACAUGUCCGCUAUGUCCAAAGUCAUUUGCUCAUUUGUCUACAUUGACAACUCAUAUUAAAGUUCAUAAAAAAGAUAAAUUCCUAUGUCCUACUUGUGGAAAGGAGUUUGAUUCGAGCGCAAAUUUAGAUCAGCAUGUAAGAAGACACCUUGGGUUAAAGCAGUUUGAAUGCACACUAUGUCCGAGGAAAUUUGUAAGUAAAGGUGAAUUAAAGUCACAUACUAUCACUCAUACCGGAGAAAGAUCUUAUACAUGUGACCAGUGUGGUGCCACAUUUACAAAGCGUAGCUCACUGGGCAAGCACAAGUUACGGCAUUUAGGAAUCAAACCACACCAGUGUGAAACUUGUUCAAUGAAAUUUUCAAGUAAGGAUCAUUUAAAGCGACAUAAUCGUAUCCAUACUGGAGAAAAACCAUAUAAAUGUGAUAUGUGUGAAAGAGCCUUUACACAAAGCAAUGAUCUUGUGAAGCACCGCCGGGCACAUUUAGGGGAGAAAAUUUAUAAAUGUACAGAAUGCAGCGAGAGUUUCAGACUCCAUAUUGAAUUACGACAACAUUUAUCAGAGCAUUAUAUUUCGUCACAACUUCAAAUUUCCAAUAAACAAAAUACAGAAAAGGAAGAAGGCGUUGCAAAAGUCGUUUCUAAUUCGGCUAUAAGAAGUGUCAUAACAGAUGUCAUUAAUGACACUAGUCCACAGAUAAAUAAUAUGAUUCCAAUGAAAGAAUGAUUUUUUAAAACGAGAAAACUCGACGUGCUUGAUAAAUGACAACUAUGGUGUCUCUUGACCACAUUUGAUGUCGCCUAAUUUAAAAAAAAUCUGUUAUGGGCUUUUAUGGGUUUGUCUUAUCGACCUUAGCGUCGAUGCUUUACAUCAGGCAAGACAACCGUUAUCAUUGAUACGGUCUAGGCCUAAUUUACUUAUAUCGACGAGCUGACUUUUCCUUAAACUGUAACUUUUUUUUUUUUCUCUCUGGAAAAACACAUUUAUGUGUUUCCCUCACAUGAGGUGGGGUGUAUGCGGGACUCGCUGGCGCUGAAGGCGCUGGAAUACCCACUAAAAAACCAGCGGUACCCACUCCGUCUUGUCGGGGGACGUCACGGGAUCGCUUGCGCAUACUACCGUGCCGUUCCGACGGUUGCCCCGCUUCUGCAGGCCUCCAAAUCCUAGGGGGUACUCGGGGUACGGAGACCCCCUGGCCCCGGCGACACUCACGGCGGGAGGAGAAGAUGCGCAUAGCGCUGACGUCUUCUCCCCGGACUUCUUCGGCGAAGCGGGUCAGCGGAGGCACUCUCCUCGCGCUCCCGCUCCGCGGCCUCCUUCUGCGACAUGACAUUUUCGCAGAAAACGGCAAACUCCAUCAGAGUGCGCACCACACUCGUAGCAGGAGGAUGUUACCUCCCGCCUGACUAUUGAACCGUGGAAUAAGAGGGCCUCCGUUUUUGAGAUGGAGACCCUCAAGCCCAAAAUUCCUAUACAGUGGACCCACUGUGAGCGACGUACCGACUUCGGCCAGGCGAGCCGCCUCCUGAUAAUUCCGCCCUGUCGCCGCGAUGAGAGUGUCGUCCACAUAGCACAACACCCCCAUUCUGGGAAGGACGGAUGUCCGCAGGAGCCAGUCGAAGCCAACGUUCCACAGAAUUGGGCCGAGAACUGACCCCUGUGGAACGCCACAGCGUACCCGACGCCGGACAAGACGCCCAUCGCCCCCCUCCUAGAGGACUACCCGGUCCUGGAGGUAUGCCCCCAACAGCCUCCUGAGAUAGGAAGGCACCCCGUGGUAUUAAACUGUAACUGCGCAGCCUAAAAAUUCAUUGAUUUCGUGUUUUUAUGUUAGGCUAUGAAGACCCAGUGGUUAGAUGACGAUUGGUAGCAGACGAAAUUUAAAAAAGCACGUGUAUCCAACCCGGUGGUGGAGUGAGGUCCAAAUAUUCUCUUUAGAAAAUAGUUAAUGUUAACGAUUAGAUACGGGCGGGCAUAAGUCUCAAUCCCUUUUGAUAACUUUUUUUGGUAAAACUAGAUGAGACUGUGGUGGUACUUACUGAUAUAAUGGUCUGAUGGUGAUAAUAGCUCCUACAUUUUUUAUUUUUGUAUUAAUAGUGGCCACAAUGUGAUCGAGUACGUGUUAUUGUUCCUGUGUAGCCAGGUGUCUAAUAUUGUUUUUUUUUUAUUUCAUCUCUAACCCAGAAAUUUUUUACCGUCGUCGGUUAAUAUAAAAAAAUAAAGAUAUUUUUUAA